AUGUUAAGAGAUUGGUUAAAGAAGGAUUACAUUUCCAAGAAGGAUUAUUAUUGUCUUCGAUCUAGUGAUUCUCUCUUGCCCAAAGCAUAUGGCCUACCAAAAAUCCACAAAGAAAAUAUUCCUUUCAGAGUUAUCGUUUCCUCGAUCAACACUGCCUUAUACUCUAUUGCUAAUUACAUGCAUAAAUUAUUAUCAUCAAGUAUCCCUCGAGCCAAGAGCCAUGUGAACAAUAGUUUUGAGCUGUGCAACACACUAAGUGGAAAAACAUUGGGACAGUCGGACGUUGUCGUCUCUUUGAAUGUAAUAUCACUUUUUACCAACAUACCUUCAGAUCUUGCAAUCGAUAGCAUUAACAGCAGAUGGUAUCACAUUGAAACACACACCAUGAUCCCUAAGAACGAUUUUAUUUCAGCUAUUAAAUUCAUACUAUCCUCCACAUAUUUCACAUUUAAUGACAAUAUUUACAAACAAACAUAUGAGACCCCUAUGAGUUCUCCACUAUCUCCGAUAAUAGCUAAUCUAGUAAUCCAAGAUGUGGAAGAAUCAAUUCUUAACACAUUGGAUACGAAUUUACCAUUUUAUUACCGUUAUGUUGACGAUAAAAUAUUAGCUGCACCGGAUAAUAGGGUCAUAAACAUCCUGAAUAAGUUCAAUGACUAUCAUAAAAGAUUGCAGUUUACGGUGAAAUACGAGGUUGACCGAAGCAUCAGCUUUUUAGAUUUGUCAAUUAAGAUUAUUGAUAAUUCCGUUUACAUUGAUUGGUUUCACAAAAAAACAUUCUCAGGGAGAAUGUUAUCGUAUUUCUCGAAUCAUCCUAAGUGUCAUAAAAUAGGAACCAUUUACAGUUUAGUUGAUAGAGUUAUGCUUUUGUCUCAUCCUCAAUUCCAUAAGAAGAAUUUAGAAAUUAGUAUCAAGAUACUGUUGAACAAUGGCUAUCCCCUCCGUUUCAUCUUUAACACAAUUAAUCGCAGAAUAAGAACUCUCAUUAACAAGACAACAAAUUUAACGAACAAUAAUACAAAGAAAGAAGAAAAUAAGAAAAAUUAUUUUGUGAUCCCAUAUAUUAACAACAUUUCAGAAUUAGUUGCAUCUGCGAUUAAAAAAUCGAAAUUUGUAGUGGGAUACCGUUGUCUCAAUAAACUUGAUAAAAUGAUUAAAGUACAAAAAGACAAAAAUAAACAUCCAUCUAACACCAAUUCACGAUUUAGACUCGACAACAACAAGAAGCAAGACAAUACAUGUAAGACAUCCUCGGGAUUGAUUGACAUAGGGUUCGUUAUACUGAAGAAGACUAAGUAA